GCGUGUUUCGCGCGUGUGUGAGCGACCGUGCCACUUUCCUCGUCUGGUUUACGUUAUUCCCGCCGACGAUAUGCCACCGGCACGCAGCUUAGCAAUGCUUCGCGAAGUGCACUACUGCGUUCGAAUAUUUCCGUCCACAUCGAACAGGGCGAUAGCCCGCAGGAUGUCUUCAUUCUCCUCCAAUGAAAACGGUUCGGACGCGACGGAGUUUGAUGAAGAUCGGAAGUUUCGAAAGCUGGAUCUCUACAAGCCAAAAGAAGCACCGAGGCAAAAGAGGGCAGAAAUCAAGUUUGAUGUUCCGCAACCACGAAGCGAGCGCAUGCCAGUGGACCAAGACUGGACCAGCGUAUGGCCCACGGCACAGUCCUUUCGGCCCUCAGUGGUGCCACUUCCGCUGCGCCAAGGCUAUCGCGAGAAGGGGGCACCGCCGGGCAAGUAUGCCAACCUGGAGUUAAUGAAGGUGCCCAACUUCCUUCACCUGACACCCGCUCACCUCGCCAAGCACGCCAAGGUUCUCCGGCCAUUCUGCACCCCAUGGCCAGCUGGCCUGGAGACUGAUGAAAAAUGUGAGGAGCACUUUCCCGUGGAAGUCAUCGACAGUGACUACUGCCAUGCUGGCCCAUCCAUCAGGGACCCCAGAUCCAGGAUUGUCACACUGAGGGUGAAGCUGUCCGACUUGGAACUCGACUAUCAUGCGAGGGAUAAGCUCCUUCGGUUGGUUCGUGACCGCUACGACCCUGCUACCGACGUUCUCACCAUUGUCACUGACAGGUGUCCACUAAAGAAGCAGAACUAUGAUUACGCCCAUUACCUUCUCACAGCUGUGUACCACGAAUCUUGGAAAACAGAGCCAUGGGAAGCAGACAAGGCCGAGUCUGACAUGGAGUGCUACUUGUGGGAAAAGAGCCGGUCGGAAGCCAAUGCAGUUGGCUUUUUCAAACGUAUGCAGCAGUCACUGGCCGGUCAGGAAGAAAUCACCCACCCCCACAUACAGCAUCUGCCACGAGAUUGCACAGAUGACGACGUCAAGGGUGUCGCUCAAGUGAAGGACUAUGCCGAGGCCGUGUGCGGGAUUCACAAUGAGGGAGAAAGCCUGCAGUCGUGGGACAAGUACAAGCGCUCAGUGUGCUCGCUGUUAGGCCUAAAACACAGUGAGCUCAGUUCGCUGGCUGGGGAAGUGCACGCAUCAUGAACACUUCACAAGUUGGACAUCGCAGUUAGAUGUGGCUGCAAGGUUCUUCAAAUGGCAUAGUAAAGGAACUGCACUGUAAAAGAGACUGUGCCUGGUACCUCAAGCCUGCUCGCAAAACAAUGUUAACAGUGCCAUCACUGUUGCUUGUCGCUGUAGAAUAAUAAAAUAUCUUGAGUUGUUACACAACA